AUGGAGACUCUGCACCAUCCCUUGGUAAAAAUGGAAGAGGACUAUGCCUUGAACUCCGACUGUGAACCGAAUUCUUCUUACAUGGCCCGCACCUGGGAUUGGAAAAGUCAUGAUGAGAGCUACUCACUUAGCCAGACUCCAUCACCACAGAGUUUGUCUCCUUCAGCCUCUUAUGAGUCUCCUUAUUCCUCCAGCCCACACACUGGACAAGGUCUGGAGGAGAUGCCAUUCAGCUACAGCUUGUUACAGUAUCCUACACUUUGCCAUGGAGACAAUAGAGACCUCACCAAGAAGGAUCAUGGGCAUAAAACUUCAAUGACAACUCAACGUAGGAGAAAAGCCAGUGAGAGGGAGAAGUUACGCAUGAGGUCAAUCGCUGAGGCCCUUCAUACCCUCCGGAACAAUUUACCUCCAAUGUACAGUGAAGGGAGGCAGCCCCUCACCAAGAUCCAAACCUUGAAGUGCACCAUCAGCUACAUCAGUGAACUCACCAACCUUCUCCAGUGCUCCAAGAGAGCGUGA